UCACAUCUGGCAGUACACAUUCGUGGUACCAUGGAGCGGUCGCGCCACUCCGGCUAAAAUAUUAUUCCGAACUCGUUUGUUUAUAUUUUUUUUUUUACGCAAGUGACAGUUGUAGGAGCGAAGGAAUUUAGUUUAUACGUUACUCAUGCUGUGAUUUGGACUCAAAGACUGUGUUGUUCUAUAUUUAAAUCGGCGUUUUCGACAAUAUGGAUGCCAAAGAAGAGUUCACGAAAAAGUCGAAAAAUGACGCGGACGCGCUGGACGCAGUGCUCAGCCACAUCGGCGACAUGGGACGCUACCAGAAGUUCCUCUUCAUCGUCAUGAUGCCCUUCGGCAUAUUCUUCGCGUUCGUCUACUUCGUGCAGAUGUUCAUAGCUGCCACGCCACAGAACCACUGGUGCGCUAUACCUGAACUCGCUCAUCUGGAUAUGGAAGUCAGACGCAACCUAUCAGCGCCAGGAGCGGCCACCGGCAACUGGGAGCGAUGCGUCACAUACGACGUGAACUGGACCCAAGUCCUGGAGACCAUGACGCCACCCCCACCCGGCACACCCACCAUACCCUGCCCACAUGGCUGGGACUUCGAGCUCAAUGAUAUACCUUAUGCCACUGUUGUUAGUGAGAGAGGCUGGGUAUGCGAGCAUGCUCAGAACGUGCCGAUGGCUCAGGCUGUGUUCUUCGCCGGAGCCUUCAUGGGCGGCCUUAUCCUGGGCUGGCUGGCUGAUCACUUUGGAAGAGUACCAGCUGUUAUGGCGGCCAACCUGAUCGGUGGCAUCGGCGGCAUAGCUACAAUCUUCACGAAGGGAGUGUGGGACUUCACUCUCUGCCGGUUCCUGGUGGGCAUGUCCUUCGACAAUGUGUUCAUGAUGGUUUACAUUCUAGUGAUUGAAUACGUGGGAUCUCGUUACCGUACGGUGGUGGCCAACAUGUCUAUCGCGCUGUACUUCGGCAUGGGAUGCCUCUGCCUUCCCUGGUUAGCUCUCUGGAUCGGCGACUGGAGAAUGCUUCUCUGGGUCACCUCGCUGCCGAUGUUACUAGUCGUAUUCGCGCCUUUUGUCCUACCAGAGAGUGUGAGAUGGUACGUGAGUCGCGGCCGCGUCAACCAGGCGGUGGAGGUCCUCAGGAAGUUCGAGAAAGUCAACGGCACGAAGGUCCCAGACGAUGUGAUGGAUGAAUUUAUCAUGGCAUCAAACCAAACUAAGGACAGCAAAGAGUCACUCCUGGUUCUACUGAAGAGUGCGCCCCUCCGGCUGACGAUGACUCUCAUGCUGAUAGUCUACAUGAGCUGUUCCGUGAUCUUCGACGGGCUGGUUCGAAUGUCCGAUGCUUUCGGACUGGACUUCUUCAUCAGCUUCACCUUGACAUCAGCCACGGAGAUUCCUUCCGUCACUCUGUUAGCUAUCGUGCUAGAUAGGUGGGGCCGUAGAAAUCUCACAGCCGGGCCAUUGGCUAUUGCAGCUAUACUUAUUGGCGUUGCUAUGAUAGUGCCAAAAGGCAUUCCUCAGGCGUCGAUGGCGAUAAUGGCGCGGUUCUUCAUGAACAUGUCGUACAACGCGGUGAUCCAGUGGGCCACGGAGCUGCUGCCCACGGCGGUGCGCGCCUCGGGCUCCGCCACGCUGCACAUGAGCGGCUACGUCAUCUCUAUACUCUCGCCGUACAUCGUGUAUUCUGAAAGAAUAUGGACUCUCCUACCGCUGUUGAUCCUCUGUAUCAUAUCGGUAAUAGGGUCGGGUAUCAGCUUCGUACUGCCUGAGACCAAGGGCAGGCCCAUGCCACAGACUAUGGCGGACGGAGAGCGUCUAGUACAGGAACAGUCAUUAUGCGGUUCUUUCAAGGCCUGUGGCUUUACCAAAGGCGUAUUGCGUAAACUCAAGACUAUUUUCCGUUCUGGUGAUGUAGAAAAGCAGUAGAUGACGGCGAAGAAAUGGAAUGGAAGAACGAAAAACAAAAGGCUCUUAUUACGUAACGUUAUAACUAUUAAUUACGGGUAUUAUGGGAUCUAAAGAUAAUAGACAUUGCUCCAAGCAUUCUCAAGGGUUAUCUCCAUGAAGCAAGUAUAUAGAAGAAAUGCCAUAAUGUGAUUGUGCAGUGACACAAAAAAUCGGCCCUACCCAAUGAUAUUAGUAAAAAUGUGUAGAUAGGUUGUAAGCGCUCAGAAAGUGACACAUUGAAAUGUGGACAAUUGGCAACGUUUUUGUAGUAUGGGACCGCUAGAUGGAAAAUAGGGGCGUGGUUUAUAAAGUCCAGCGCUCCCCGUAAAGUGUCACGCAUUAUGUUAAAGGGAAAUCCAGUUAUGACAUCUCCUCUUUGUAUUUGCUUCGUGGUAAUCCCACUGAUGUACUUAAAGGUGCUUUCUUUUAGAAUAAGUAGUUAGUUAAACCUUUAAUUAAUGGUAGGUAGACGAUUUUCAGAAUAUUUUUGUAAUUUUGAAAAUCGUAUCGAGAUUUUGUGAUUAGUUUGCCUUGGACUGAAGUGGUGACAGAAGAAUGUAGAUAGGUAUAGACAACUAUACAUCAAGAUGUGAAAUGAAUGAACCAAUAUAAGCUGACCUCGGAGCUGCGGACUACCUAGCGGGUUUACCGGGGCUCCGGCUCUAAAAGCAGGAGUAGGAACGGGGUGGUUUUUAGGUACAUAAAACAUUGUAUUUGUGGUGUAUUUGUGUACAUAAAACAUUAUUUAACCCCUCGUAUGCCGUAUAUAAGACAAUAGAAAACACAUUGUGUCUCGUGUGGAUCCACAUUCCAAACAUACGAAGGGUUAAAGUGAUACGAAAGUGAAAUAUAGGAGUUUAUGGACAAAUAUCUACAUCGAAUAUGGACAGGUUAUUACAAUUUGAAACGUAAAUUAAACGUUAUAAGGUUUAAAGUACUUUGAUACACUAUUGCCUCCGUUCUAUGACACUAAUAAAUCUAUAACACAUAUCGAUAAAUAAAUUACAUUUCUGACUUCAAAAUAAAUAUUUGUUUAAUAAUAAUUGCAUGUGAAUAUGUACCUACAUUGUACGAGCAUUAGAUGAAGUAGAUAGAUAUCCAUAUAAAAAUAUUUAAAUACAGUCGACUCUUCGUUAAUUCGUGGUGCAAGUUAAGUGUAUCACAUCUAUUAAUAUUAACUAAAACAAAGGUUGUCUUAUACAGUGCAAUUAGAUAUCGCUUUAAUAUUAUUAUAUAAGAGUGCCUGAUUGUUCCAACAUGUGCCUAUUUCUGUGUUCGUGUUAAUUUUAUGACUUCAUUAGUGUUUUGCUCGCAAAAUAAGUAUUCUGUAAUAAUAAAUAAUUCAAUAAGUAAGGAAAGUAGUAAUUUUUAUUUAAACUUAUAUUUAUUUGGUGAAUUUUAAUUGGAAAAACUUUUCAAAAUGAGCUUCCAAAUAUCUUUUUUAUUUUGGCCCAUAGGCGAAUAUUUUUAUUUCCUAUAUUUAUUUUUUAUGUAUGUUUCGAUCAAAUGUUUAGUUUUACUGCUUAACAUUCUUUAUUUGAUUUGUAUUAUAUUCCAAGCAUUGAACAAGCUUCGAUAAUAAUUAACUUUUAAAUAGAAAUUAAGGUUUGUAGCUCAACAGAGUAGGAAUAUAGAAUAAACAGUUACCAACUGUGAUACUUUAGAUAUCAAUUAAAAUAAAGUUUAUGAAUAAAACAUAUUAUCUGAAGAUAAUUUGAAAAUCGAAUGAGAUAUUUAUUUUUCGUCUAGAUUUAAAAAUGUUAAAACAUAAAGUCUUGUUUAUGGUAAACAUGGCUUCCUUCAAUUACAGAUUAAAAAUUUGUAUUAUCAUAAGUGUAAUUCAAUAAGAUAGUAAGUUAUAAUUAUUAGAAUAAGUCUGAAUAAUUGUAUAAAUAAAUAUAAUAAGAUGAACAAAGUUGUACAAUACUUUUAUUAAAAGUAUACAUUAUCAUUUUA